AUGGAAAAGGACAGAAUAGAAAAAUUGACUCAGGAAGAGAUGGAUGCUAUCUUGUAUGAUGCACGAGAAGGUGAUUUAGAUACAAUAAAAGAAAUAUUCAGUGAGAUUCCCGCAAGCAUGUUAAUGAAUAUCAAAGAUGAUAUUACAUUGAGUACUACUCUCCAUAUGGCUGCAGGCAAUGGACAUUUAGAACUUGUUCGUUUUUUGUUUUCAAUUUUGGAUACGGAUGAUGCUAAAGUAUUGGCUUCAUGUUUGAAUGAAAGCGGUAAUACCGCAUUACAUUGGGCUUCUUAUAAUGGUCACUUGGAUGUGGUCAAAUUAUUGUGUAAUGAAUUUGAUGUGGAUCCAUUUGUGAAAAACAAAGUAGGUCAUGAUGCCGUUUACGAAGCAGAGAGCAACAAUAAAGAAGAUGUAAGUGAAUGGUUGCUACAGACAUUCGCCUUAGAGGACCAGGUAAAUAUCACUGAAGACGAAGAGAACACAAAAAUCACGUAUACUCCUGGGACAGAAAGCAAAGAGACUGAGAAGGAAGUUGCAAAUUUAGCAAAUCCUAAGGGCAUUGUGGAAGAUACAGAGUCUCUAAGCUUGAAUAAAUAA